AUGCCCAGCGGCGAUCAAAUAAUUAAACUGGGCGGCAGCGAAGACUCGUCGCCGUUUCUCUUUCAGCUAGUUCAAGCGUUACUCGAAAAGCUGCACGGCGGCGCGCUCUACACCUCGGACCCAUUGGCUGCGGCCGCUGCUCUAUCAGCAGCCUCCCAGGCAACCACCCACGAGCUAGCACUCUCUGCUCUUAGCAGCGGGUCCACUCCCUGGUGGCUGGUCAUUGGUGGCACAGCAGUUGCCCUGAGGCUGCUGUUGACCCUGCCUUUGUAUGUGCGGCAGCAGCGAGCAGUGGGGGCGGCACAGAGGGUUGGCGUGGUGGCGGCGUCUUGGCGGCACGCUUUGGGCGCAUCAGUGAGACUUGAGAUGGCUGGAGCCGGAGACGAGGAGGAGGAGGUCCGGAAGAGGGUGGAUCGGAGGGUGAGGGCGAAGUACCAUGAACUGAUGUUACGCGAGGGCUGUCAUCCGGCCGAAGCACUGCUGCUGCCGGUGAUGCAGCUGCCGCUGUGGGUGACAAUGACCUGUGCGGUGAGGCAUUUGGCCGGCCGGCCGGUCUGGCUGGUAGACGCGCCGGCAGCGCAGCCGGCGUGGGGAAUGUCCUGGGAGGGACUGUGGUGGUUUGGCGACUUGACCGCUCCCGAUGCAUAUAUGGUCUUGCCUGUGGUCGCUGGGCUGCUGCAGUUGGCCAAUGUUGUGUUGGCCCGGAGAGCGGUUAAGAGCGUGGCUGCUAGCAGCAGCGGUGGCGGUGGCAGUGGCCAGGAGGGUGUUUAUAAGAAGCUUGUGCGUGUGGCGGUUGGGUUUUCGUACAUUACGCCGCUGGCGGUUGUUGGGCUGGGCAUAUAUCAGCCGGCAGCUAUUGUUUAUUAUUGGACUGUGUCGGCUGGGUUCAGCUUGGCACAGACCGUGGUGUUUAGAAGCGACCGCGUGCGCAAGGUGUUUGGCAUGCCGCCAUUGCCACCUCUCGCACAGCAGUCGGCCAUAGCACCGAGUCCCAGCAGCAGCUCAAAGGGUCUAUAG